CCGAGCGAGAGAGUGCUCUCGCAGAGAAGUAUCAGACCACAUUUUCCUCUCUCAAUCCUGCCCAACCUCCCCGGGGUUCCGAUUCUUGGGCGACGCCACGACAUGGCGAAGCCGAGCGGCAACCGAUCGACUCUGCUCGCUCCGUUCCUCAGCAAGUGCUACGAUUUGCUUGAGGACGAGUCGACCGACCCCAUCAUAUCGUGGGGAGGCGCCGGCGACAGCUUCGUCAUCUGGGACAUCACUCAGUUCACCCUCCAAUUGCUCCCCCAGUACUUCAAGCACUCCAACUUCUCCAGCUUCAUGCGUCAGCUCAACAUCUAUGGUUUCAGGAAAGUUGAUUCAGAUCGUUGGGAAUUCUCAAAUGAUGGAUUCGUCAAAGGUCAAAAGCACUUGUUAAAGAAUAUACGCAGGAGGAAGAAUGUUCAGGUCAUGGAUCAGAAAAUAUCAUUGCAGAAGCAGGAUAAUUCCGUUGAAGAAGUUGAUAAGAUUAAAAUUGAUGGGCUUUGGAAAGAAGUUGAAAAUUUGAAGAUUGAUAAGAAAGCCCUUUCACUGGAGUUAGGUAAACUUAGACAGCUCCAGGAAACUUCGGAGAAUAAGUUGGUCCUCCUGAGAGACCGUAUUCAGAGAAUGGAAAAUAAUCAGCAGCAGAUGUUGUCAUUCUUAGUAUUGGCGAUGCAAAACCCAGAGUUCUUGGUUCAGCUGCUCCAGCCAAAAGAAAAUCAUUGUCGUGUGACUGAGAUGGGUAACAUGCUAGAACAACAAGGAGCAGAAAAUGGAUCAUUGAUUUCCGAGGGAACAAUAGUGAAGUACCAGCCUCCAACUGAUGGAAACACAAACCCUGAAUUAUCCCCAUUAUCAGGUUCGGGGGAAAUGCCCAAAUCUGGCCCUUCUUUUGAUGGGAAAAGAGAUGUUUUCAUGAACAACGAUCUUACGUCGAUACUCAUGAACGAAAAAUUCUCUUUGGAUACUCCAUUGGUAUUUCCUGACUCUCCUGAUGAUGGUGCAUGGGAAAAACUGCUUUUAGCUUGUCCUUUCAUUGAGAGUGCCAGUGAGAAAAGGCAAGACAAUGAAGGGCCCAAUUAUUUGGGCAUGGACACAGAAUCAGCAUUUUCUGGAGCAAGCUCAGUCUCUCAUGAUUUUGAUGCUUUAAUAAGACUGAUGGGGAACCCUCAGGAAGCUGAGACUGAGUCAGAAGUUGAUGGAGAUGAUUGGGAGGACGCCCCAAAUGUUGAUUUUCUAGCGGAGCAAAUGGAAUAUUUGGCUUCCAACUCUGAUCUCAAGCUUCAGGCAACAUAGAGCAAUUUGGCUUUCCGAAGGGUAGCUGCAGCUUCAGUUUUUUAGGGGGCUACUCUGGUUUCUUCUGCAUACUAUAACAUAUCUUGGAAAUGCAUCCUCCUAAUCUCUGCCACUUGAUGGAGCUUUCCAGCAAAGACGUAAGUUAAUUUCUAACUGCCAGACUUUUAAUCCAUCAGAAACAGCAAUGCACGCAAUCUGGGAAACUGAUGCGGUUAACCACAAUUGCAAUGCGGAAGGGAGAUUACAUAAUCUGACUGAAGAAAAAAAAAAUCAUAGUACUGUGUUUUCUAUCCUGGAUAUGACACGAAAUUUCCCCAUUGAAGUUCCCUUAUUGAUGGUAACAUUCCUGUUGGUUAUUGACGGAGUUCAUAAGCGUAGGCAACUCAACAUGAUCUUUUUCUUGCAGCUUGUGGGGUGAACCACAAAACGUUGAGUAUAGGUUUUCAAAUGACAUUGUAAAUUACUUGCUGAGAAUCACAAUACAGAUUGGAUGCCACUUUGUCGGUGGCUUAUUAGUAUGUUUGUACAUUGCAAUUCCUCUCAACAUUGUUAUAGGAGUUCGAAAUGGCUAUAAAGUAUGUAAUCAUUAGCCCAUUAGCCUAACAAAUCCACUUUCUAUGUACACCGUCCACUUCUUUGUCUGUUUUACAUCAGCGCUCAAGACGGUUGUUCUGAGUUUAAAUGGAAAGAUCGCCACAAUGCGAGUACCACAAAUUGCACGUCCUAUCAUGAUUCUACAUGAUCUAGCGUCAGUUCCACUUAAUAGAUUACCAUAAUUGAAGCUCGUGUGUAUUCCCCAAUAGUGCAUUAUAAGAUUGUAUUCUCAUGUAUGAGGGAAUGCGGAUUGGCAUUGCACUUUUCCUCUGUUUACUACCAAAUCUGGAGGGAAUAUCCAGUUGAUUUUUACCCCCAUGUGAGAGGGAGCUCUGUUAACUCCAAGCUCAAGUUUCUCUGCUUUGGUCGUUUUUGGUCUUAAAAGGGGACACACAUCAGAAGUAGCAUGGGCAUGAGAGCGCUCAUUGCUUUCUCGUCUGCCAUUUCCUUCUUGCUUCACUCUAUUUCCAAUGCAAGCUGAGGAUGUGUACUCGAUAUGAAAAGGCCGACAGAAAUAUGUCCGUGCCAUGAAACGCCUAGCUGAUCAAUGAUCAUGCACCAAUACCAUAUUCAGCAGUUCAAGAAAGAGAACCAAGUUCCUCCAGAUCAAGAAAAG